AUGAAAUAUUUCUCAAAAUUAGUUAGUCUUUAUAUACAAAAUCAAAAAAUUAUAAAUGCAAUUGUAAAAUGUUUGUGUUCAAAAUAUUAUGUUAAAAUGUUCGAACGAAUAGGAAGUGACGAAUUUCUCUUAAUAUCAUGUCCAAUGUACUGGAUCGCUUACACAGGUUCAGAUAAAGAAGAGACAGCUAAUAUAUUAUUAAAUGCGCUAUUACCAUCUUCAAUUCGUUUAUUACAAUUAAAACCUUCAAAACAUGUUACUCAUUUACUUGAUUUAUUAAAUCAUAGUUUUGCAUUAUGUAGUUCAACAAUAUUUACAAAUAAUAAUCUACUAGUUCCAAUAACAUAUACUUUAUUGUCGAUAAUAAGUGAUCAAUCAAUUUCCGAAGAAAGUCAAUCGAUGAUUAAAAGCAUUCUUCGCCUUUUGUUAACUUUGAUUAAUAAUAAUCAAAUGAUUUUCCAAUGUGUUCAACAACGUCAAGAAUUGUUUCAGAAUUUAAUUGGUUUAGAAGACGAAGCUUAUAUAAUAUUAGUGUCAAUAAUGAAUGAUUCAGAAAUUAAAUCUAUGAUCAACAGUAACGAAACUUUUGCUUUGUGCGUGCAAAAAUAUAUUGAACAACAGAACGAUACAAAUCAUUUCUUAACAGCAAGAUUAAAAUUUAUACUAGCAUCACCAGUAAAUGCAGAAGAAACGACAGUUCCACGUAUACCUCCUACUACACUUUUAUUUCAAUCGAUCUUUACAUCAAAUGAAAAUGAAAAUAAAGAAGGAAUAACGUUAAUGUGGUAUGAUAAGAACAUCGGUAUACGUGAUGAUACAAAAAAAACUAUUGAGUUACUUCAAAAAGUUAACGAUUAUGUUUUAAUUUGUUCAAAUCGUCAAACAUGUAUUGAAUAUAUUGAUCAAAUUAAAACAGAAAAAGUUUUUCUUAUUCUAUCUGGUAUAACUGCACAAGAUAUUCUUGAUGAAAUACAUGAUCAUCAACAAAUUGAUUCAAUUUAUAUUUUUUGUAUGGAACCUGAAAAGUAUGAAAUAUAUUUAAAUAAUAAUAUUUAUUCUAAAGUUAAUGGAAUUUAUACAAAAUAUGAACCAUUAUUAACUGCUUUACAAGAAAAUAUUCGUUAUUCAAUGAAACAAUCUGAAGCAAUUAGUUUAUUUGAUCAAGAUGAACGUUCGAUGCGAAAUUUAAAUGAAGAAAUCCAUACAUUUAAAUAUUUUCGUGUAUUCAAACAAGUUCUCUUAAAAACAGAAUAUAACAAUGAUAAAGCAAAAAAUGAUAUGAUCGAAAUAUGUCGAAAUUAUUAUCGAAAAAAUAAAAAAGAAUUAUCAGAUAUUGAUAAAUUUGAACAAACAUAUAAAUCAGAAGAUGCUAUUCGUUGGUAUACAAAACAAACAUUUGUUUAUCGCUUGGUUAACAAAGCAUUGCGAACAGAAGAUUAUGAAGCUAUGAUAAUACUUCGAUUUUUUAUUGUUAAUUUAUCUGAAAAUCUUCAACAAGAAUAUGAGGAUUACAAAAAAAAACAAAAUAAACGUUCACGUGUUCUUAUAUUAUAUCGUGGAUUAAAAUUACCUUUUGCAGAAGUCUAUUCACUUAAGCAUAACAUUGGCAAAACUAUUGCAACUAAUGGAUUUCUAUCCACUACUAGAUCAAAAGAUGUUGCUUAUAGAUUUGCUAAAAAAGGUAUAAAACGCACCGAUGUUGAAACAGUUAUCCUCGAGAUUGAAAUUGAUUUUAAAAAAUUAACAGUACCAUUCAUUGAUAUUGCUCAAUAUAGUGAUUUUCCAAAAGAACAAGAAAUUCUUUUCGAUCUAGGUGCAUCGUUUAUUAUAAAAUCGGCGGAUUAUGAUACUGAUCAAAAGAUAUGGCUUGUUAAAUUAUCAGUUGUGUCAGAAGAAACAAUGAGCAAGUAUACACAAGUAUUACUUGAAGAAUACAAGUCAGAAACAGAUAUGAACAUAUUACUUGGUAAACUACUCUAUAAAAUGGAAAAAUAUGAGAUUUGUCGAAGGGUUUUUGAAAAGCUAUUAAAUUUCUAUGGAAGUGAAGAAUAUGAAAAAUUAGCUACAAUUUAUAAUUUUAUUGUAGAAUCAUAUGCAUAUGAAAAUGAUUAUGAUAAAGCUAUUGUUAAUUAUACAAAAGCUUAUAAUUAUUACAUCAAAUUAAGACAAUUUCAAGAUGCUGCCAUAGUAACAAACUACAUUGGUGCUGCAUAUUUUAAUAAAAAUGACAAAGAAAAUGCGCGAUUUUAUUGUACUAAAUCACAGGAUAUGUGGAAGGAAUUGCCAACUUACACACCAGAAUAUAUUCAUUGUGAAAUUGGUUAUAUGCUGAAUUUAUGUGGUUGUUUAGAAGAUGAUAAUCAAAUUGCAUGUGAUUAUUUUUUGAAAGCUUUGAAGAUAUACGAGAAUCCAUCUAAAAUGUGCAAUCAUAUUCAACAUGAUCAUCGGAUUGCAGAAAUCUGUGAAAAUUUAGCAUAUCGAUAUAAUCAAGACAAUGAUAAUGAUAAAGCAUUAGAAUAUAUUAUGAAAAGUGUGAAUAUACGAAAAAAAAAUAUUUCAUCGCUGCAAAAACGUAAAAACUAUAUAUCAUGCUUAGAAAUACUAAGACAAAUCUGUGGAAAAAUUCAUACAAAUGUUUGGUCAGAAUAUGCGGAUCAAUUUCGGAAAUUAUCCGAUACCGAAGAUAUUGACCUACUUUCUCGCUACAAACAAGCACUUGAUACGCCAGACAAUAUACGAAGAUCACAUUUUAAACACAAUUAUAAUAUUAGUGAAUCAAGUAAGUUUUUAGAAUAUUCAUUAAAAACAUUGAAAUUCAUUUCAAACACAAAUCCCACAAAUUACGAGAACAUUAUUCAAGCACAUAUUGAUAUUGCACACGCUUAUGCAAAUACAAAAGAUUAUCAUUGGUCACGUCAACAUUGCGAAAAAGCUGUAGAAAUAUAUCAAACAAAUGCCCUUAAUAAUCCAAAACUUAUGUCAACAAUUUUUGAGUUGUUAUCCAAUACAUACUUGCAUUACAAUAAUUUUGACGAGGCAUUUAAUUUGCGAAUGAACGCAUUAACCACUGAUAACACUACACAUCAUUUAGCGCCAAGAGAAAAAGAAGCACAAUGUUAUUUCGAUCUUGGUUACGAACUUUUAGGUACGAAUCCUGAUAAAGCACUUGAAUUUACCAAUAAAUCAUUAGAAAUUCGAAUACAAAUUUUACCAGAAGAUCAUGUUGCAAUCGGCUUUUGUUAUCAAGAUAUUGGUACUGCUUACGAAAACAAAUCUAUGUUGGAUGAAGCAAUAAAGCAUUACAAAGAGGCAAUCGAAAUACAUGAAAAACAUUUAUUUGAUGAGGAAGAAUAUCAGUUCAAUGUAAGAGAGGCUUACGGACGAUGUCAUUCUAAUAUUGCUGGAAUUUAUACAAAGCAAGGUGGUUAUGAUAGUGCAUUUAAUUUCAAAAUGAAAGCAUUAACUAUUGACAAAAAGACAUGUCAUUUAACAGAAAAAGAAAAAGAAGCACAAUGUUAUUUUGAUCUGGGUGACGAAUUGUGUCUUACACAACCUGAUAAAGCACUGGAAUUUAGUAAAAGAUCAUUAGAAAUUCGACUAGAAAUUUUACCAGAAGAUCAUGCCACUAUUGGAUUUUGUCAUCAAGAUAUUGGUGCUGCUUACGAAAGUAAAACUAUGUUUGAUGAAGCAACAGAACAUUACAAGAAGGCAAUCGAAAUAUAUGAAAAGCGUUUAUUUGAUGAGGAACAAUAUCAAUUCAAUGUAAUAGAACUUUACGGCAGAUGUCAUUCCAAUAUUGCUGGAAUUUAUACAAAACAAGAUGAUUAUGAUAGUGCAUUAAAUUUCAACAUACAAGCAUUAAGCAUUGACGAAAAGACAUGUCAUUUAACAGAGAAAGAAAAAGAAACACAAUGUUAUUUUGAUCUGGGUGCCGAAUUGUGUCUUACACAGCCUGAUAAAGCACUUGAAUUUAUCAAUAAAUCAUUAGAAAUUCGACUAGAAAUUUUACCAGAAGAUCAUGUCACAAUUGGCUUUGAUCAUUGUACUAUAGGUAUUGCUUACCAGAACAAAUCUAUGUUGGAUGAAGCAAUAGAACAUUACAAGAAGACAAUUUUGAUAUGUGAAAAACAUCUACUUGAUGAAGAAGAAUAUCAGUUCAAGGUAACAGAAGUUCACAGACUAUGCCAUUCUGCUAUUGCUGGAAUUUAUACAGUGCAAGAUGAUUAUGAUAGUGCAUUUAAUUUCAAAAUGAAAGCAUUAACUAUUGACAAAAAGACAUGUCAUUUAACAGAAAAAGAAAAAGAAGCAC